UGGGAGCUCAGAGGAGCCGUUAGAAAGCACGGCCCUCGUCUGAUCUCACAUCUCCUCCCUGCUGGGCCUCAGCUACAUCACAGACACUUCUCCCCACGUUCACCAGAGGAAACAUCGCUGCACACAAUGCUUCUCCUCCCAGCUGCUGCUCUGUGCUGUCUGUGUUCAGCGCUGGUCGCCAUGGCAGUGGAGCUGGUUCAGGAGGAUUUAACACUGACCAGGAAAGCUGGUCAAAGUGUCUCCUUCGGCUGUGGAACAGACCAGUGUUCUGCCGCUAAUGUAUUCUGGUACCAGAAGAAAGAAUCAGAAACAUUCAGAGUGAUUCUUAAUUUUGAUAGAAAUACUGGCAAAACCAAUUCAGAUUUGGGUCACCCUCAGAAAGCAGAUUUCUCAGCAGUGAAAACACAGAGGGGCUGGGAGUUGAAGAUAGAAAGAGUUAAAGAGGAUCAUUCAGCCACCUACUACUGCUCCUGUUUGUUUUUGUACCAGUCUUCCUCACUGUGGUACUACAUCUUUGGAUCUGGAAGUAAACUGUACGUAACAGAUAAGCAGGUAGUGAAUCCUGUGGUGAGCGUGUACCCAGCAGCAUCCACAGCCCACCAGGAGGGGAGCAGCCCCCUGCUGUGUGUGGCCUCAGACAUGUUUCCUCCUCUGGUCCGGUUCUCCUGGAAAAGACAGAAGAAGAACAGCCCGCUGGAGGACGUUCCCCCUGCUGAGGGAGAGCAGGUGGAGCUCAGAGAGUCGGGACGCAGCGCCUCCAUCACAGUGGUCCAUCGCCUCCAUCUGGACACGUACACAUACAGCUGCUCCGUCAAGCACGAGGGAGGCACGGUGGAGGCCCAGACACAAGCAGAGCUUCCAGCUCCAGCAGCCUCCUGUCCUCCAGAGAGAGAGCCAGCAGAGCUGCCAGCUCCAGCAGAUUCUCCUCCAGCAGAUUCUCCUCCAGCAGACUUCUUCCAGUCUCAGUGCAGGGUGAAGCUGCUCUGUCUGCUCUACACAGUGCUGAUAGUCAAGAGUCUGGUGUACUGCUGUGGACUGUCUCUGCUGAUGAUCCUCAGAAAGCAACUGAACAUAUGCUGACCGACUGUUUUCUUUACAAAUGUUCAUGUUGACGUGUCCUGCAAACGUCAUCAGCUCUGUUAUUAGCUGCGUUGGACAAUUUCAGCUUUCUUCUUCUUUUUCUCUGAAAUAUCAUCGUUGUAUACAGUGUGGAAGCUUCUUGACCUUUAUUCAGCACUAGAUUGUCAAUAAAGCUAGUUUUAACCUUGA